UUAUGUUAAGGAUAGCUUAUUCCAUGUCGGACGUGGCACCCAUUGAGGAGGCAGUGAGCGCAUUGUUGGAGUGGUUGGUUGAUCCACUGUUACCUUCAAAGCUAUAUGGAAAGGAUCCUCCAUCACUUGAUAAUCAGCAUUCUGUUGCUAGACAGAUGCAUGCUGUUGUGCUACUCUACAACUACUACCAUAGGAAGCAAGAUCCAGAGUUGUGCUUUUUGGAAUUUGUGCCAUUUUGCAAGUUGGCUUUAACUUUAAAGCCAACUCUAAUGCCUCAUAUGAAGUUUACACUUCAAACCGAUCCUGUUGGGUUGAAUGAUCUGGAAAACCAACUUUCAGUGACAGAGAAAGCAGUCAUGGAUGCCUGCAAUAUCUCAUUGUCUUUAGAUGCACUGAAAGACGUUCCAAGCAUAGAAGGAUGGCCGAUUUCAAAUGUUUCAGUGCUGUUGGUCGACUCAGAAAAGGAGAAUUGUGUGCUGCUAUUUGGUUCUGUUACUAAAGGUGUCUGGUCUGUUAUUGAAAAAUCUAUCAAUGACUUCAACAUAGAUUUGGAAAAUACAUCAGAGGGAAAAAGAAUAAGUCAAACAACGACAGGUGAACAACUCACAGAGUCAUACUUUGAGCAGCUUGCCUCGAUAGCUGUCAAGGAAGCUACAGGCAUUAGUCACUCUGAUCUCAUGGUUUUGGAGAGGCAUGUGGUGUAUUCUUUAAGUAAAGAAAAGACAGCUGCUUAUUUCUACAUUAUGCAAUGCACAAGUGGUGGAGACAUUCAAAUUCCUAUUAAAGAUACUAUUGAGAGUUUGCAGGGCCCCCUGUUUGAAUGGAUGUCUUAUAGCUGGAUGCCUACUGCAGUGGUUGAGCAUUAUAAUGUGCUUCCUUAUGCCAUGAUUCUGUCAAGAUGGUAUUCAAGGUACAAGGGGCAUCAUUCAUCUAGCGAUUUCUUUUCUUAUCUGGAGAAAAUUAUGUUGAAAAUAGAAAGCAUAUUUAGGAGCAGCCUUGUUCUUUCAACUGCACAAUUUCCAUUGAGCUUCUACCAACUAUUUGUAAUUGCUGAUUGCGGAUAUCAAAAGCUCAAAGUAUUUCCUUUUAGAGAUGAGGUGGAUUCGGCUGGUAGCCCAAAAUCAAAUAGAUGUAAUAGUAGAGAAGGAAAGGAUUCUGGAAUUGGCAUCAAUUGGACUCUCCCAUACGAUCUAUAUUGGACUCAAGGGGAAGAUUCUGCACCAGUUUGUCUUGAGCCAAAUGCCAGAAGUGUUGAAACUCAGCAGGCUACACUUGUAAUGAAAGGCAUAGCACUGGCAGAGACUGCUUUGGGUCAUUUAUUCAGUAAAAGAACAAAAAUGUGUCAUCAAGCUCGCCUCAUGCAUGAUGAGAUUGCAGCUUGUGAUCAAAACAUCCAGAAGAUCUUAGAGGGCAAUGAAGAUGCUUUGGCUCUUAUGUUAGAUGCUAUCAUGGAUGGUUGUAAUGAUGCAUGCUUCAAAGAUGGGUAUCAGCAUGAGAGUUAUCAACAUGGUGGCCAUUGUCGCUUAAAUCAACUCAGAACCACAAAGAGGAUAUCAGAUGCCAUCUUUAAUUUGCAGUCUCCUACUCAGGAUUUGAAUGAUAUAUGUGGUGUGAAUGGCUGGAUAGUCAAUUAUUCUGUGACAGCACCAGAAGGUGGAUUUUUAGCUAAGGUAACUGUAGAAGGCAUGGAUUUUGAUUCUUCCUGUCUUAGUGAAUUGGUUUCUACUCCUGAAGAAGCUACAGAUUCAGCUGCUGCUCUGAUGAUUGCACAACUACGAGCAAUGGCAGGCCGCACCUAAUAGCUGUUUCAUCAUAGUGUAAUGGUUAUCAAGUUUUACAUGUCUCUAUCCUAGAUAACUAUUUUAUAUAGGCUUUGGUGCUUCUGAGCUGUCCAAAUUUAGAAUAUCAAAUUUCUCUGUGAAAUUCUGUCCUGUGCAAAACAUUAGACUUCAGGUGUCUUGUUGCUGUGACUAAAUAACCUAUGGUUGUAGGGUAAUCACUAAUCAUUCUAUCAUUUUAUCAAAUCUGACUUAAACGCA